CUUAGUAUCAUAUAUACCCUCCUAUUUAUUUUAUAUUUUCUCUACCUUUAUACAUUUAACCCAUGUUGAAAGUAGAUACCAGUAAUUUACCUUCAACAUCUUGGGCAAAGGUACAAGCCUUGACCAGUUUCAUUCAGUUGAAGUCAGGAAACUCCUCGUCGUCUCCGCCUUUUGAUCCCUCCACAUCUUUUGUCUCACAUUCAGACGCCGGUAACAACUUGUCAAAACCUAAUCGACUCAAAAUCUUUAUUGGUACUUGGAAUAUGUAUGGAAGACUCUUACCUAUUGAUCUUGAACCUUUCUUGACUACUCGUCCGUCUACAAUAAAUGCCAAUCAACGAUGUGCGAAAACUUUACAACCCGACAGCAACAACAUAUUGGUGGAACAUGACUGUCAGAAUGGUGGAAUACCGUUUUUGGAUUCAAGCACAACUCAUCCUUACCAUCUUUUAGCGAUCGGCACUCAAGAAUGUGAACGUGAUAUCUCUGAAUCUUUAUUUUAUCCUUCCAAAGAAGUAUGGGAACAACGAUUAUCUGAUUACCUUGGCGAACAUUAUCAAUUAUUACGUUGUGAAACUCUGGCUGCUCUCCAUCUUGCUGUAUUUGUUUGGAAACCUGUGGCGUCUUAUGUCAAGAAUAUUCAUAGUGCUGAUAUUAAGACUGGUUGGGCUAAUAUGGUUGGAAACAAAGGGGCAGUUGCUGUAUCACUAGAUUUUGGGUCCCAAUCUUUCCUCUUUAUCAAUUGUCAUUUGCGAGCACACCAAACCAAGUUAGCAGAACGGAAUGCAAAUGUUCAUCGGAUCCUCCACGAAUUGCAAAUCAAGGGUGGCAAAUCAACUUGUACACAUACAUCACCUACAACAUUCCACCUUUCUUCAUUGAAAAGAUUCUCUCGAUCAUCAAAAAUAAAAAAGAAGGAUAAUCAUGACACCACCAAAACGACCAAUCAAUGUAACAAUGAUACAACAUCAUCAAAACAAAAAUCAAAUGCAUCAUCUACGAUACCAGUCAAUAAAUCUUCAUCCGCAUCAGCAUUAUCAUCAUCAUCAUCAACAGAAAGCCAGCAUAGUGUUACUGAACAAUUUGAUCAUGUCUUCAUCUUUGGUGAUACGAAUUAUCGAAUCAAUGCCGAACGACAAUUUGUCCUGGAUACCAUUCAAAAAAGGGAUUUUGCUACACUUCUAAAAUACGAUCAGCUUUCGGUGGAACGACAACUAGGUACCACUCCAUUGGCAUCCUUCAAAGAACAUCCAAUCAACUUUAUUCCGACUUACAAAUUUGAUGCCUUGGAAACCGUGGCGACAAGUGACUCAUCAUCAUCCUCUUUACCUAGUCCGUCCUCUGCUACAAGGUUAAAUCAUCUGCAUCAACAGCUCCCAUCAUCACCAUCUUCAUCAUCGUCACCGUUAUCGCCUAUCACCACGCCUGCUACAUCUACUCCUGUUAUUACCGCUACAACAACAGCUGCAUCAUCAUCCUCCUCCUCUUCGUUAUCAUUUGUGAUUACUCCAACGGAUUCUAUAGGUAGUUCAGGCAGUGUAUCCAUACGAUAUGAUACCAGUCCCAAACAACGCGUACCUAGUUGGACAGAUAGAAUUCUCUGGCAUGAUCAUCACCAACUAGUAAAUGAUGGCGCAACAACAAAUCAAACGCCAUUCAUCCGAUCCUCUGGACCGACAUUGACUUCUUUAUCUACAACAGCCACAAAUGCUCAACAAACAAAACCAAAACUCGGCUUGAAAUGGAUCUCUGCACUUAAACGAAAAAACAAGAAUGGUUUUGAAGAUUUAACCUAUACUGACAAGAAUACUAUUUGUUAUCAUUAUGAUACCGUCAUGGAUCCACGUUUGAUGGGAGCAAGUGAUCAUUUACCUGUGAUUGGGAUUUUUGGUGUAUGGUUCGAUGAUUGGGAAACUGGGAAACGAGCAAGAUCUAUCAAAUCUACGAAGAAGAAAAAAGCGGCCAGAUGGAAAUUAUGGAUUUAAGAUGAUAGUACGUGCUCCAGUUUAGAUGCUUCCUCCUUUUUUUUUUUUUUUUGUUGUUAUAGAU